GUUUUUCCGAGUUGACUGCAAUGGAAGGCGCUGCGGGACCGACUGCAGACCAGCUGUUCAAGAUCAUUGUGAUUGGCGACUAUGCCGUUGGCAAGACAUCGCUCAUCCGCCGCUACUCGGAAGGGUUUUUCACACCAAACUACAAGCUCACCAUUGGCGCCGACUUUGCAACCAAGGUCUUGGAAUGGGAGUCUGGUGCAAAGAUCACGCUCCAGCUUUGGGACAUUGCUGGCCACGAACGUUUCGGACACAUGACUCACGUCUAUUACAAAUACGCGAUCGCUGCCGUCAUUGUUUUUGAUAUGACACGACCGGCCACAUUCGACUCUGUGAUAAAAUGGCUCAAUGAUGUCAACAACAAAGUGAUGUUGCCCGAUGGAAAGCCAGUUCCUGUGAUGCUUCUUGCCAACAAGGCUGACAUGUCAGACAAAUCCGUGUACAAGCAAAAACUGGAUGAUUUCUGCAAAGAGCAUGGACUGAUUGGCUGGUUUGCUACUUCGGCAAAGAACAAUGCGAAUAUUGAUCAAGCAAUGAACUUUUUGGUCGGCUCCGUCAUCCAAAUUUCCAAACGAGCGCCGGCAGAACUGGUCAAGUCACCAAUCGAAGAGUUUGUGCGGUUAUCAGGCAAUGACAUUCCGACUCGAGAACAACGACAAGCGAACAAUGCCAACGACCCGAUGAAGCAACUUGGCCAAUGCUGCUCAUAACCGGCGUUAUCUCUCGCUCGCUCUGUCAUGUACUCUCUCGAUGACUGUCUUAUUUUUAAACAUGAUUGUAUUGUUGCUGGUCCAGUGGCCUGCCUUUUGUUUUGUUUUUUCAUUGCUUUUCUGUUUGAUUGUUUCGUUCCUUUUCCUCCAAUACACUUUUGAAUUUGCGCUCA